AUGAGCACACAUAUCGAAAGGGCGAUUGAGAAGAUUCGUACAAAGGACCAGCUCCCCGACAUCGACUUUACACAGCACACCCUGGAGGAUGGCAACGUUAUUAGCACACAGGAACGAGUGGUCAAGGAUGUGCAAGCACCGGCUAUGCACAAACCGACGCCAGAGCAGUUCUGGAAUCGAGGAGGCCAAGAUCAGACAAAACCCGACAUCGCGUUCCUCAAGAAUCACUUUUAUCGCGAGGGCAGACUAACAGAGGAGCAAGCGUUGUGGAUAUUGGAAAAGGCCACAGAAAUAUUGAGGAAGGAGCCCAACGUUCUCCAGGUCGAUGCGCCCAUCACCGUAUGUGGCGAUAUUCAUGGACAAUACUACGACCUCAUGAAAUUGUUCGAGGUUGGAGGUAGCCCUGCCGAUACUCGGUAUCUCUUCCUUGGGGACUACGUGGACCGGGGGUAUUUCAGUAUCGAGUGUGUCCUCUACCUAUGGGCACUCAAAAUCUGGUACCCCGACACCCUUUUCCUCCUCCGAGGAAACCACGAAUGUCGCCAUCUCACCGACUACUUCACUUUCAAAUUGGAAUGCAAACACAAGUACUCUGAACGCGUCUACGAUGCCUGCAUGGAGUCCUUCUGUGCACUACCCCUGGCCGCCGUCAUGAACAAACAGUUCCUUUGUAUCCACGGCGGCUUGUCCCCUGAGCUCAACACCCUCGACGACCUCCGUAACAUUGACCGGUUCCGAGAGCCACCCACCCAUGGUCUCAUGUGCGACAUCCUGUGGGCGGAUCCUGUCGAAGACUUUGGAACAGAGAAAACGUCGGAGAGCUUCUUGCACAAUCAUGUUCGCGGCUGCUCGUACUUCUUCACGUACCAAGCCGCUUGCCAGUUCCUCGAGAGGAACAAUCUCCUGUCUAUUAUUCGUGCACACGAAGCCCAGGAUGCAGGCUAUCGCAUGUAUCGCAAGACCAAAGCAACUGGCUUCCCCUCCGUCAUGACGAUCUUCUCUGCCCCUAACUAUCUCGACGUUUACAACAACAAGGCCGCCGUACUCAAGUACGAAAGCAAUGUGAUGAACAUCAGACAGUUUAACUGCACCCCACAUCCCUACUGGCUUCCGAAUUUCAUGGACGUGUUCACCUGGAGUUUGCCAUUCGUUGGAGAAAAGAUCACCGACAUGUUGGUCGCUGUGCUCAACACAUGCACAAAGGAAGAGCUCGAGGAGCCUGAUGAGGAUCUUGCCUUGAUCUCGCCCACGGCUGCAGCUGAAGAGUCGGCGGAACGGAGAAAGAUUAUCAAGAAUAAAAUCAUGGCCGUCGGCCGCAUGGCGCGUGUCUUUGCUCUUCUUCGAGAGGAGUCGGAGAAGGUGUCGGAACUCAAAGCAGUUUCCGGAUCAACCAAGCUUCCUUAUGGUACUUUGGCAUCUGGGACCGAGGGUAUCAAGGAGGCCAUCAACGGUUUCGAAGACGCUCGCCGCUCCGAUAUCGAAAACGAACGUCUACCCCCGGAGCUGUUCGACGCCGACUCCGAGGAAGGUCGUGCCCUCAUCUCGUCCUCGUCCUCCAUCCCCGCCACGCCGGCCGAAGCCCAAGAGCAACCGCCCUUCUCCGCGAACGGUGUCAACGCCGGUUUGGAAAAGGCCAUGGCCGAUCCCCAGACGCCCCUGUCGCGGAUCAGCACGUCGACGACGGGUGGCUCGUCUCCUGUUGGUGGAAGCCCCAGCCCGACUAUUGGAGGGUUCAAGCGUGGUCACUCGAGGCAGGCUAGUUUGGGUACUACGAUGACCAGUCCCAGUACUCGGAGAAGGAGCUUGGAGAGCACGAUGUCCCUCAUUCAAGGCGUUUUGGAGGGGAACGAAAAACUGAGUGAGGAUGAGGAUGUUGACGGGAUCGCAAGCAGACUUGCGGGGUCUUCGGUGGAUGCGGCGAAGAAAGGACCUGGACGAUAA